GUUAAAACCCUAAACGCACUCUCCCAAUUCCCAAACCCCUCAGUUACCCGCACCAGAAAUGGCUUCCGCCGCCGCUCUCCCGGUAGUUACCGUUAUCCCUCUUGAGAAUGAAAUGGAGGCCGACGCCAACUCCCUCCCUCUGCCUGACGUCAUGAAAGCCCCAAUCCGCCCCGACAUCCUCCAAGACGUUCAUCGCGACAUUUCCAAGAACUCCCGCCAACCCUACGCCGUCUCUAGGUCCGCCGGCCACCAGACCUCCGCCGAGUCCUGGGGUACUGGUCGCGCUGUUUCCCGUAUCCCUCGUGUUCCUGGCGGCGGCACUCACCGUGCUGGCCAGGGUGCCUAUGGCAACAUGUGCCGCGGCGGCCGCAUGUUCGCUCCGACUAAGAUCUGGCGUCGUUGGCACCGCAAGGUCCCAGUCAACAAGAAACGAUAUGCCGUGGUUUCUGCCAUCGCCGCCUCUGCUGUGCCUUCCCUUGUCAUGGCCCGCGGUCACCGCAUCGAAUCUGUCCCGCAAAUCCCCUGUGUGAUCUCCGAUUCUGCUGAGGCCGUGGAGAAAACCUCCAAUGCUAUCAGUCUUCUCAAGAAAAUUGGGGCUUACCCUGAUGCUGAGAAGGCUAAGGACAGCCAGGGCAUCCGCCCAGGAAAGGGCAAGAUGCGUAACCGCCGCUACAUCUCCAGGAAAGGUCCUCUGGUUGUGUACGGUACUGAGGGGGCCAAGCUCGUGAAGGCCUUCCGCAACAUUCCUGGAGUCGAGGUGGCCCACGUGGACCGUUUGAAUUUGUUGAAACUUGCUCCGGGAGGUCACGUUGGGAGGUUUAUUGUUUGGACGAAAUCAGCAUUUGAGAAAUUGGAUGAGAUUUACGGGUCAUUUGAUAAGCCUUCCUUGAAGAAGAAGGGGUAUGUUUUGCCCAGGGCUAAGAUGGUGAAUGGUGAUUUGGCCAGAAUUAUCAACUCUGACGAGGUGCAAUCUGUGGUGAGGCCAAUCAAGAAGGUGGUGAAGAGGGCACCAAUGAAGAAGAACCCUCUUAAGAAUUUGAAUUGUUUGCUCAAGCUCAAUCCUUAUGCCAAGACUGCUAGGAGGAUGGCUCUCUUGGCUGAGAAACAGCGUGUUGAGGCUAAGAGGGAGAAGCUGGCCAAGAAGAGGAGUCCAAUGACGAAGGAGGAGACGUCUGCUGUAAAAGCUGCUGGAAAGUCAUGGUACAAAACAAUGAUCUCAGAUAGUGAUUACACCGAGUUUGAGAACUUCUCAAAGUGGUUGGGCGUUUCACAGUAAUUGGUUUCACUUUGAAGUUUAGUAAAUCUCGUGUGGUUAUUCAGUUUUGUUUUAUUUCAAGUAGGCUAUUUGGUAAUUUAAGACAUGCAAGAGCUUAGACUGCAGUGACUUAAUUCCUCAGUGUACUAAGAAAUAUUUUUGCCUAAAGGUGAUCAUCUUGACUAGGAGUCAAUAGCUUCUUGUUCUGGAAUACUCAGCCAUCAACUCUGUUUUCUGGUCCUUGAUUAUGAAUGUUACAUUGAUUUUAAACAUUCAGAGCAGGUGCAGCUUGCAUUGGAAUUUGUUGUACUCGUCUUUUUGUCCUGCCUGUCACUGUUUGUUAGAUGCCAGCCUUACUUCCAUAACUCUGCUUCUGAUUGUAUACCAUUGUACUACUUUUUUGUGCUAUAAUUUGACAACCAGGCCUCUGAUUUGUCUAA